UUUCGAUUUUGUUACAAAAUAAAAAAUUACUUAGGUAUGUAUUUGCUGGAGCUAAAAAUGGAAUUAUGCCUCGAGUUUUAAGCUCUGUACAUGAAAAGUCUAUGAGCCCUAGAGUUGCUAUAAUAUAUGAAAUGUUUGUUCUAAUUUCCCUCUCUUUUAUUGGUGAUUUGGAACAUUUAAUUGGAUAUAUGUAAGUGGGUAAUAUGUUCACGAUUAGUUUAAAAUUUAGGGCCGGGAAAUGGGGUGGGAAGGGAUCGGAUAUGUUAAUAAUUAAAAGAAACAAGUAAAGUGUGAAAUUUUUCAAGAUAUUGAUCUCUAAUCUCUCCCGAUCCUCAAGUGUUUCG